CUUUCCUCUAUUCUCCUUCCCCAACAAUUCUCUCUAAACCCUUUUAGAACUCUCUAGAACCCAGCUAGGCUUCUCUCACCUUCGCUACCUUGCCCCAUAAAGCUCCUCCUUUGCAACAUCGUUUCACAAGCAAUUGGUUCAGUCGUUUAAUUGGAGAAGAGCUCGCACUACACGCUUCGCCUACAUCUCGUUUUCUUUGUUGUUUCGUUUGUGUUGAUUUCUCCGUUAAGCCAUGGAUGAGGAGUUCGAUAUCCCACCAGCUGAUGAGAUGAACGAGGACAUGGAUCUUCCCGAUAUGACCCCGACUUUCAAAGUUGGAGAGGAGAAAGAGAUUGGGAAGCAGGGCUUGAAGAAGAAGGUUGUCAAGGAAGGUGAAGGAUGGGAUACCCCUGAAAAUGGUGACGAAGUUGAAGUUCAUUACACUGGAACCUUGCUUGAUGGCACCCAUUUCGAUUCAAGCAGGGAUAGGGGGACCCCAUUCAAAUUCACGCUUGGCCAAGGCCAAGUGAUCAAGGGAUGGGAUGAAGGUAUCAAAACAAUGAAGAAGGGUGAGAAUGCCAUCUUCACCAUUCCUCCUGAGCUGGCCUAUGGUGAAAAUGGUUCUCCUCCAAAAAUUCCUGCUAAUGCCACUCUUCAGUUUGAUGUUGAGCUGCUCUCUUGGGUUAGUGUGAAGGAUAUAUGCAAGGAUGGAGGGAUUUUCAAGAAAAUUCUUACUGUAGGAGAGAAAUGGGAGAACCCAAGAGACCCAGAUGAAGUGCUAGUGAAAUAUGAAGCACAACUUGAAGAUGGAACUCUGGUUUCAAAAUCUGAUGGAGUGGAAUUCACUGUCCGAGAAGGGUAUUUCUGUCCUGCAUUGUCCAAGGCCGUGAAAACAAUGAAGAAAGGAGAAAGGGUCCUGUUGACCGUGAAGCCACAAUAUGCAUUUGGAGAGAAGGGAAGGCCAGCCUCUGGUGGACAAGCUGCUGUUCCACCAAAUGCCAAUCUUCAGAUAACUAUUGAGUUGGUAUCUUGGAAGACGGUGACAGAAGUUACAGAUGAUAAGAAAGUACUGAAGAAGAUCCUCAAAGAAGGAGAGGGCUAUGAGCGCCCUAGCGAUGGAACUGUUGUCCAAGUGAAGUUGAUUGGGAAAUUACAAGAUGGAACAGUAUUUUUUAAGAAAGGCCAUGAUGAAGAGGAACUUUUUGAGUUCAAGACUGAUGAUGAACAGGUUAUUGAUGGGCUUGAUAGAGCUGUUAUGACGAUGAAGAAAGGGGAAAUUGCCUUGGUGACAGUUGCACCAGAGUAUGCUUUUGGUUCAUCUGAAUCGCAACAGGAACUCGCUGUAGUUCCUCCCUACUCAACUGUAUAUUAUGAAGUUGAGCUUGUAUCCUUUGUUAAGGAGAAGGAAUCAUGGGAUAUGAAUACCCCUGAGAAGAUAGAAGCUGCUGGUAAGAAAAAGGAAGAAGGAAAUGCAUUGUUCAAGGCAGGUAAAUAUGCAAGAGCCUCCAAGAGAUAUGAAAAGGCUGCGAAGUACAUUGAAUAUGAUAGCAGCUUUAGUGAGGAGGAGAAAAAACAAGCCAAGGCAUUGAAGGUGACUUGUAACCUUAACAAUGCAGCCUGCAAGCUUAAGCUGAAGGAUUACAAGCAAGCAGAGAAGCUGUGUACCAAGGUAUUGGAUCUUGACAGUAGAAAUGUUAAGGCUCUCUACAGACGUGCUCAAGCAUAUAUUCAGCUGGUGGAUCUCGAGCUGGCCGAGUUAGACAUCAAGAAGGCUCUUGAAAUUGAUCCUGAUAACAGGGAUGUGAAAUUGGAGUACAAGGUUCUCAAGGAGAAGGUAAAAGAGUACAACAAGAAGGAUGCUAAGUUCUAUGGAAAUAUAUUUGCUAAGAUGAGCAAGCUAGAGCAGCCUGAAGCUAAUAAGCCUGGGAAGCAGGAGCCUGAGCCCAUGAGCAUUGACAGCAAGGCCUAAAGACAUUGACGACAACGAUUAGGGUGUGGAGGGAUGAGGGAACUUGAUGGAUUUAAUUAACUCCAUAGUUCGUUUUUUUUUGGUUCUUUCUUCUGUUUUACCUUUUAUGUGGAAUGAAAGGAUGAUUGGAAGUGUUAUCAGACAAUUCUGUUGCGGAUUAGAUGUUUAAAAAAGCUAUGUCUAACUGAAGAUAUCCUGACACUCUUGAUUAAUUAAGAUGAAUGUCAAAGCUUAAUAUUUUUAAGGUGUCA